AUGACUUCUACCGUACUUCCUGGUUCCAAGGAACCUAAUCCUUCCAGAAUGAUCUGGUCAGAAAGAUUGAGAACCGAUUUCGACCUGAAUAAAAUGCAUGAAUUUCUUGAAGGCUCCUUUCAAGAAAGCCUAGAGACGCUAAGGAUUAUGCAACAACUUGAAAGAGAUCCUAUUUUGAAAACAAACCAAGAAUACUACGAAUAUGAUAAACUCGACCAUCGUGAGCAAACCGCACUAAAAAUUGCACGCAUGGCUCAGUAUAUCGAAACAGAUGCUCCUGAUUUCCAGACCUUCCAGUCUAGAUUGAAUCUUAUCGCCAUCGUUGAUCCUCAGUUGGGUACCCGUAUCGGUGUUCAUCUUGGUUUAUUUCUUGGUGCUAUUCAUGGAAAUGGAACCGAUAGUCAGUAUAAAUACUGGGCAUACGAAAGAGGUGCCAUCUACCUAAAGGAUAUCUAUGGAUGUUUUGCAAUGACUGAGUUGGCCCAUGGUUCCAAUGUUGCAGGACUUGAAACGACUGCGACUUACAACAAGGAAAAGAGAACAUUCGUUAUCAAUACUCCCCAUAUUGGAGCCACUAAAUGGUGGAUUGGGGGUGCCGCUCAUUCGGCUACUCAUACCGUUUGUUUUGCCAGAUUAAUCGUAGACGGAAAAGAUUACGGUGUCAAGACUUUUGUAGUUCCAUUGAGAGAUAGUCAUCAUGAUCUUCACAAUGGUAUUUCUAUUGGUGACAUCGGUCAAAAGAUGGGUAGAGAUGGUAUUGAUAAUGGUUGGAUUCAGUUCACCGAUGUUGAAAUCCCUAAGGAGUACAUGCUUACAAAAUAUGCAACUGUUGAUGACGAUGGUACUGUACUGGAACCUCCUUUGGCACAGCUUGCCUAUGGAGCUUUACUCGGGGGAAGAGUUACUAUGGUGACUGAUUCCUUCAGGACUAGUGAGAGGUUCAUUACAAUCGCAUUAAGAUAUGCCGUUGCAAGAAGACAGUUUAAGACUGGUGGAAGAAAAGUUGAGAAUCAACUCAUAAACUAUCCACUUCAUCAAAGAAGACUUUUGCCGAAUUUGGCUUGGACAUAUGCCAUGAGUAUUGCCUCACAUCAGAUCCAGGCCGACUACAAGCAGGUGCUCAAAUCGUUAGAUGAGGGUGUUAAUACUGAGGAUUUCAAAUCACUCAGUACUGUCAUAGACAGCUUAAAAGGAAUAUUUGCUGAUUCUGCUUCUUUGAAGUCGACUUGUACCUGGAAAUGUCUAUCGCUAAUUGAUGAAUGCAGACAGUCUUGUGGUGGUCACGGUUAUUCUGCAUAUAGUGGUUUUGCCAAAGGAUAUGUUGAUCAUGCCGUUCAAUGUACCUGGGAAGGUGAUAACAACAUUUUGGCUCAAAAUAGUGGCCGUAUUACCAUUCAGAAGGUAAUCAAGUUCAUCAAAAACGGUAAAGAGCCAACUGGUAAUUAUUCUUUCCUCCUUGAUGCAUCCAAAGAGGGUGAAUUGUUGACAUCUGAUAAUUUGUUAAAUUUGGAUGACUUGGUGAAGGCUUUCGACUCUUUGAUUCUAAGAUUGUCCUUAAAUGGUAUUGCUAAACUCAAAGAAAACGGUCAUGACUGGGAUGCAAUUGCUUCCGAGAAAUUGUCACUUUCAAAAUUAUACGCCGUCAGAUAUAUGCUCUCUAAGUGGUGUUUCAAGCUCAAAAAUGAUCACGCCAGUAGCUCUAGCCAAGACGGUAGUAUUUCCAAGCAUUUGGUUAAACUUGCACUUUUGUUUGCACUAUCCAACAUUGAAGCUUUUGGUAACAGAUUUUUGGAAUUUAAAGUGUUGUCUCCCGACUCCUAUAAAGAGUUAGAAAAGGUUAUUGAACAAGUUCUGUCUGAUAUCAGACCUCAGGUUAUCGGCUUGACAGACGCAUUCAAAUUAAGUGACUUCUUCAUUAACUCCGUUUUGGGCUCCUACAACGGUGACGUCUACAAUGAUUAUAUAAACACUGUGAACUCGCUCAACGAUCCUUCGGUUACCAAGGCUCCCUAUUCGUCCGCUCUAGAAUAUAUGCUCAACCGUGGAUCUCUGGAUGCAAGAGACAAGCAUGAAAGAAGCGACUCAGUCCUAAAGAAGUUAUCUUCAUAG